AUGGAAAACCAACUUUGGUUUAUAAAAUAUGGAAAAGAGCUUCAAGGUCUUGUUAUAACUGACCGAGAAAUUGAGCCUCACUACUAUGAUAUUCAUACAGCUCUUACAAAUAUUUUUUUGAAUGAGAGUUAUGCUAUUUUAAUAUUAGAGGGUUAUAUGAUGGCCCUGAUAAAUGAAAUGGAUUCUUUCUAUUUAUUUGAUUCACAUGCCAGAGACUUUAGCGGCAUGCCCAACCCUAAUGGCACGGCUGUUGUCAUGAAAUUUACUAAUAUUAUUGGUUUAGAGCAAUAUUUGUGUUCUGUUUCACUGAAACUACAUACAAAUUUAUUUGAAAUUGUUCCUGUGCAAUUAAAUAAAUGUAUAGCUUCCAACAAAAAAAGAAAGCAGUGUGAGGAAACUGACUUUGACAGACAAGCUAGACUUCAUAAAGCUAGUGAGACUAAAAAAAGAAAGCGUUUAGAAGAAACUAACAGUGAACGACAAAUUAGACUUCAAAAGGAUAGUGAGUCUAAAAAAAGAAAGCAGUCAGAGGAAACUGACAGCGAACGACAAAUUAGACUUCAAAAGGAUAGUGAGUCUAAAAAAAGAAAGCGGUCAGAGGAAACUGACACCAACAGACAAACAAGGCUUGAGAAAGAUAGACAUAAUAAAAAACAAAAGCGGGCAAAAAAAGUGUCACAGCCUGAACAUGAAAUAAAUCAACAGGAUUAUUUAAAUAUGUUUGACAACACCGAGAAUGGUGGUAUUGAAGAGCAAUGUUGGGCUAAGGCUAACAUUAAUAAGUUUAAUAAGUCUGUGAAAUAUAUUGUCAGUCAGUGCACAGUAUGUCAGGAGGCAUGGCCCUUGAAGUCUAAACCAAGGACACCUUACACAUGUUCACGAUGCUCUAGAGAUAAAAAAUCUCCUAAAAAGUUUUCUUGUGAAAAUUCAAUGAUACCUUCAUGUGUUCCGCAUGAAUUGCAGAGUUUAACUCAGAUUGAGGAAAUGUUAAUUGCUCGUGCUUUGCCUAUCAUGAGAGUUUAUAUUAAACCUGGUGGUCAACGAGGUUAUUCGGGGCAUUGUAUUAACCUGCCACAAAAUGUCAAAGAACUUGCAAUGUCUUUGCCAAGAUAUCCUAAAGACUUAGCUGUGAUUAUUGUCAAGGCUAAAGGUAGAGAAAACACAUUCAGAGAUGUGACAGUGCGAAAGCAAAAAGUGUAUGAUGCUUUAGUUUGGCUUAUCAAUAACAAUCCACAUUAUUCUGAGUUAUUAAUUAAUGAAGAUGCAUUAAAUUCAUUACCUGAAAAUGGUGUACCACCAGGUCUUAUGACUGUUGAGACUGAUGAUGAUAUAGUCUCAGAUGACAAUUGUUCUCCUGAUGUAGGUCCUCCUACUGAUAAUCCAUCAGAGGAUAUUGUUUAUAAUGACUCUACCGAAAUGAGCAGUUUUUUACCUGUUGGCGAACAACAACAACAGGAAAUUGAAGCUGUUAGAAAUCAGCUGUCUGAAAAUGAGCCAAUACCAUGGCCCUCAGUUGAAAAUGAGCCAUUAAAUGAGUAUCAGAUAUCACAUCUGGCCACAAUGGCUUUCCCGACAUUAUUUCCAGAUGGGAAAGGUGAUCCUACUAAUCAAGGACUUCUGAGAGAUGUCGCUCUUCAGGAACGAAUAAAGCAUCUUCUAAAAUUUGCUGAAAUUAUUGAUGGUAAAUGGGUAUACCGUUUUGCUAAACACCCCAGAUUUUCAUAUUGGGCUUUUAAUAUGAUUCAAAGAAAACGAAUUUUACAACAAAGUGGAAUAUUCCUCAAACAGAACCCAGGUGAAGCUCAUCUCACAAUUGAUGAACUGCGUGAAAUGGCUGCCAGUAACAAUGCAAAUGUAUUUAUGUCUAAAGUGUCGAGAUAUGUUGGCAACAUUGCAGGUACUAAUGCUUACUGGAAUAGAGUAAGAGAGGAACUCAAAGCUAUCAUAACUAGUGUUGGAGCACCAACAUUAUUUUUCACUUUCUCCUCUGCAGAUAUGCAUUGGCCUGAGUUACAUGCUUUAUUUAAUGCUGAUACUGUCAAUGAGUUAGGGAACUCUACCAGUGAUGAAAGACGACAAAAUGUGAUCAACAAUCCCCAUGUUGUAGAUUGGUUUUUCACACAAAGAUUAGAAAGCUUUGUCAACCACUGGCUUUAUGAUACACUUGGUGCAAAAUGGCACUGGUUUCGAUAUGAAUAUCAAGGUAGAGGUAGUAUCCAUUGUCAUGGUACUGCUAAACUAAAUAAUGACCCAGGUUUGUGUCAACUUACUCAGACUGCUUUGAAAGGUUUCUUAGCUCAAAAAUUUAAAGAUGAAAAUGAUUGUUCUGACACAACUGAACUAGACCAGGACAUUGAAGCUGGUCAGAAAGCAGCUGACACAGCAUGUCAGUAUGUUGAUUGGUUAUUAUCAACUAUCAAUCCUAACCCACCAGAUGAGGACAUGUGGAUAAGACCUGGGGUUCAUCCAUGUCAAAGAAGUCAUCAUGACAUUCCUGAACAUGAAAAACAAUCAGAUUAUGUAGAUCUAUUAAACAUGGUUCAACGACACACUCGUUGUAGUACAAGUUAUUGUCUUAGAAAAAAGUCAAAUGAAACAGAGUUGAAAUGUAGAUUUCAUUUCCCUUUUGAUAUUUGUCCUAAGACAAAAUUAGAAUUUGAAAAAAUUCACACUUCAGGUGAUAAUGAGCAUUAUCGAGCUAAAAUUGUAACUAAACGAAAUGACUCUAGGUUAAAUAACCAUCAACAACUUCAGCUCCAAGGAUGGAGAGCUAACUGUGAUAUUCAAGUUGUAAUUGAUCACUAUGCUUGUGUUGAAUAUCUCACAAAAUAUGCAGCUAAAGGUGAGCCAAGAUCACCUAUAUUGAAACAGGCAUUCAAUUCUAUUGUGCAAAAUGUUGACAGUAAUACUGACCCUCGUAGAGUUAUUAAGAAAGUAGUUAUGAAAUCUCUUGGUGAAAGAGAUUAUGCAGCUCAAGAGACAAUGCAUCAUUUGUUGUCUUUAAAACUCCAUAGCUCAUCCUUUAAAGUGAUGCCAGUUAGUCUAAAUGGUUCACGUAGAGUGCGUGAUACUGCAAGUAUUGACGAGGGUGAAUCGUGCACCGAUUAUUCACUUCUUGAUGUGUAUGCUAAUCGUGAACAAUAUGAGAGUUCACAAAAUAUAAUAAAUAUGAACUUUUUUCAAUUUGCUACAAAAUACAAAGUUGUUAACGAUGAACUGACAAAAUUGCCAGAGAAUAUUAUACCACGAAUAUUUCCAACAUAUUCUCCUAAUCCCAAAGGUCCAAAUUUUGGCCUAUAUUGUAAAUAUCAACUUUUGAGGUAUAAACCGUGGAGAACAACCCAAAACAAUGCAUGGGGUGACCAAGAACCAACUGACGAGAUUCUGAUCAAUUGUUGGCAUGAAUUUUUACAAACACCUUAUGGGCAAUCUAAUGUCCCAGACUGGUUUGAUAAAUUACAAGCUGUCAUUCAAAAUCAAGAAUCAGAAGAUGAACCUUCUGAAGAACAGGAGACAACUAGAGAAGAGUGGAUGAUAUUAUCAGACCUCAAUACUCCUUUUGACAACUCCGAACAAACACCAGAGUCCACAUAUGACUGGCAUCUUGACAGAGCCAAUUAUUCAGAACAACAAAUCCAAGAAAUGCCAAAAUGGAUAAAAACAAACAAAGAGGAAUACACUAUUGAUGAGCAAUAUGAUGUUGUUGACAUCAACAGUUUUAGUGAAAUGCAAAAACUUGCUUAUAAUAUUGUUAAGUCUCAUUUUGAUGAUACAUCAUCCGAGAUGGAGCCAUUAUGUCUCAUUAUAAAUGGUGUUGCAGGAACUGGUAAAAGUUACCUUAUUAAUGCUAUUAGAAAUCUUUUGCAAAAUAAAUGUGCUGUUACUGCUACCACAGGUAAAGCAGCUUAUAACAUUAGAGGUGUAACUGUGCAUUCUCUAUUAAAGUUACCUAUAGGAUCAAGAGGUAAGAAAGACCUAACAGGACAAAGCUUGUGUAGGUUACAAGAGAGUGUUAAUAACAUUGGAUACAUCAUUAUUGAUGAAUACUCCAUGCUUGGCCAAGUUACAUUUGGUUGGAUAGACAAGCGUUGCAAACAAGCAACUGGUUAUAAUGACAAAGUUUUUGGAGGAAAGUCAUUGAUUUUAACUGGUGAUCCAGGUCAAUUGCCACCAGUGGCAGAUAAACCUCUUUACCAUGCUAAACCAUCAAACGCUGUUGGUGAACAAGGUUAUCAAGCAUAUCAUAUGUUUGACAAAGUUGUUAAACUCACUGUAAAUCAACGUGUGCAAGGUAUGACAUCUGAGCAAGUACAGUUCAGAGAUUUGUUAUUACGACUUCGCAAAGGUGAAUCAACAGUUGAUGACUGGAAGUUACUUCUGACACGUCAACCAUCGAAUGUCACUAAUUUAUGUGACUUUGAAGAUUCUACUAGACUCUUUUAUAGCAAUGAACAAGUUGCUAAUUACAAUCAUGACCAGCUAACAAAACUUGAGCAUCCAAUUGCUCAUAUUAAUGCUCGCCAUUCAUCAGCAUUGGCAAAAAAGAUAUCCCCAGAUGAUAUGUCUGGGUUAGAACCUGUUGUGUUUGUAGCAAAAGGUGCUAGGGUCAUGUUAACCAUGAAUUUGUGGUCAAGUGUUGGCCUCUGCAAUGGGGCUACUGGAACAGUUGUUGAUAUUAUAUAUCAGAACAACCAUCAACCACCUGACUUACCUAUUGCGGUAAUAGUAGAAUUUGAAAACUAUAGAGGACCUGUUUUUAAUGCAAACCAACCAUUGUGUAUCCCAAUAUAUCCAAUCACUGUCACAUCACAGACAGAAAUAGGUUUCCAUGAGAGACAACAGUUACCUCUUAGGCUUGCUUGGGCUCUAACAAUACACAAGAGCCAAGGACUUACACUUCCAAAAGCAUGGAUAGAUAUUGGCAAAUCUGAAAGAACUGCUGGAGUUUCUUAUGUUGCUAUUAGCAGAGUAAAAUCACUUGCAUCUUGUGUCAUUGAACCAAUGACGUAUGAACGAUUAACAAGCUUGAAAUCAUCAGCUAACUUACAGUAUAGGCUUGAAGAAGAAAACAGGCUAGAUCAAUUAGCACAGGCUACUAGCAGUGCAUUUAGAACAACAAACUAUUGA